AGCAUCAGUCAAUCCCAACUUCACAAACGCCGGAGAGAUGCUGUAAGCAUGACAAUAAACAUCUUUAUCCAAGGGAACAGCUGCAAGUCACAGAUGCCGCGCCUAACAAAGAUUGAACAAGUCAUUGUGGCGAUGCAAGAUCCCGACAUGGGGAUAAAGAUGAAGAAUCAAAGACUGCUAAUCACAGUGAUUCCACAUGCGAUGACAGGAAAUGAUAUCGUGGAGUGGCUAAUUCAGAAGUACUCCAUCAUGGAAGAAGAGGCACUUCAUGUGGGGAAUCUGAUCGUGAAGCAUGGCUACAUUUACCCCCUUAAGGACCCCAGGACGCUUGUCCUGCGGCCCGACGAGACGCCGUAUCGCUUCCAGACUCCAUACUUCUGGAGCUCUCAGCAGUGGCCAGCCUCCGAGCUGGAUUACGCAAUUUAUUUGACUAAGAAGAAUAUCAGAAAGCAAGGGCAGCUGAUAGACUAUGAAAAGGACAGCUACAACAUGUUGCACAAACGGAUCAACCACACCUGGGACUUUGUGGUGAUGCAGGCGAAGGAACAGCUCAGGGCAGCCAAACAGAGGCGCAAGGCGGACCGCAUCGUGCUGGAAUGUCAGGAGCAGGCCUAUUGGCUCGUCAACAGACCGCCACCGGGAGCAUUCAACGUGCAAGACCAAGGCCCUGAGCGAAGGAACCGGCAUAACUCCCGAGUGCAGCUGAACGCGGAUUACUACAAAGGAGAGAUUGAACACAUCAGGAAAUCCCUAGGCCGCUCGAGGGUCAAGUCCUCCAUCUGUCUGGAAAGCUUCGUUAAGUUCAGCGAGCAGUACCUGAACCAUGACCCCAUGAUGCAAGGCUGCCCCCCCAGCAAUCCCUGGAUAACGGACGACACAGCACUCUGGACGCUGAAUGCCGAUAUGGUGGAGACACCCACCAAGCUGCGGGUGGAACGAUGGGGGUUUGGCUUCACGGAGCUCCUCAGGGACCCUCUGGGACGGUGCAAGUUCAGGGAGUACCUGGAGAAGGAGUUCAGUGUGGAGAACCUCUGCUUCUGGGAGGCCUGUGAGAACAUCCGGCACGGCGAGAGCGCCACGAUCCCGCAGAAGGUGGACGAGGUCUACAAGCAGUUCCUGGCCCCGGGGGCCAGCAAGUGGAUAAACGUAGACAGCAAGACCAUGGAGAAGACCCUGCAGGGCAUGAAGAGCCCACAUCGCUUUGUCCUGGAUGACGCCCAGAUGCAUAUCUAUUUCCUGAUGAAGAAGGACUCCUACGCCCGCUAUUUAAAGUCCGAUCUCUACAAAAACAUGCUGGCUAGAGCCAUAGAACCACAAGAGACCAAAAAGAGCGUCUUUCCCUUUGUGAGACGCCAGCGGCACUCCAGCCGUAACCCUGCCCUGUUCACCCAGGCCUUAGAGGACAACAGCAAGACCAAGUCCCUGGGGUCGCUGGCAAGUCCCACAGCAGCCUGCUCUUCCUAAUAUUGCCUCCUGGGGGGGAUGCACUCUGAGCUCACUGCUGCCCCACAGAGGCUGUUUCGGGGCAGUGCUCUGCUGCUCUAUUUGACGCAGUCUUCCAGGUUUUUUUUUUUUUUAACAUUGGAUCUAUUUUUAUUAUAGUGUCAUGUUAAAUGAGAACAGACUAAAUUAUGGUUUAGAUCAGAAUUUUUAAGUGAGAAAAGUCCUGUGUCUCUAUAUAGAGGAAAAGUUUAUUUCAUUUAGUAACAGACAAGCCAUAGUUGAGCCAAAUAUUGCCUUAUUACUAAGUAAUAAACAUCUGCAUACAACUUUCACUGAAACAAUGGGUGUAAUAGAUAAAUAGCCGUUUUAAAACUUGGCAUUUUGCUCAGUGCUUAUAAUGUGGAUUCUGUGUCCCAUAUUCCAGAUCAAAACAGUGCACAGUAUCGAGCCUGCAUCAUGUCCGCUUUAGAUUCCAGUUGCUUCUCCUGUCCUUUGUUCAUUUACUUCCUCAGCAUUUCUCAAUAAAUUAAGCAAGUUUUUAGUUCACCUUUA